UGUCUCCCUCUUGCCUCAUACUUUGCCUGCCUUUUGGUAUCUAGAGAAAAAGUCAUGUGAGCUGAGAAGAGAAUGUGUGCAGGGGCUGCUGGAGUAUCAACGGACCGACAAAGCUGGCAGAGUGAGAGUUGAAGACAGAGUGUGUGAGGGAGACUGCUUGCUGCAAAGGUAAAGUGGAGGCUACAAGGGACUGUUGCUGCUGCUGCUGUUGGUCCAGAGCUAAUCCUUCGGAGAUACAGCUGUUCUUCAUUCCCAGGAGUGCAAACAAAUCCUUCAGAUUCUAAGUUACAAAAGUGAAUCAGAGACAGAAAGGGAGAGGGUGCUGCUCAGCAUAUGAGGAUUUUUCUCAGGGAGACCAUACUUUUUCCCUCUUUCAGUUUAAACAGUGUUAUUGGCUGUUCCUGUCUCUUCCCUUCUUGAGUUUGAAGUGGAAUUCUCCAUGGAUCCCCCAGUGCACAUUUUCCGAGAGGAACAAAGCUCUACUUGCUCCCCUGGACCAUGCUCACUUCCAACUCCAAGCAGCAAAAGUAGGCUUUUGGAUUUGGCAGACUAUGGCAACAAUGGUAGUGACAUGUAUGAAGACCUACAGCAGAACCACACCAACAUCUCCCCAGCUAUUCCCAUCAUCAUCACUGCAGUCUACUCUGUGGUCUUUGUGGUGGGCUUGGUUGGCAACUCUCUAGUGAUGUUUGUCAUCAUAAGGUACACAAAGAUGAAGACAGCAACCAACAUCUACAUUUUUAAUCUGGCUCUGGCAGAUGCUCUUGUUACCACCACAAUGCCUUUCCAAAGUACUGAGUACCUAAUGAACUCUUGGCCAUUUGGGGAUGUGCUGUGUAAAAUUGUCAUUUCAAUUGACUACUAUAACAUGUUUACAAGCAUCUUCACCCUGACCAUGAUGAGCGUCGAUCGAUACAUUGCUGUGUGCCACCCAGUGAAGGCACUGGACUUCCGUACCCCUCUGAAGGCAAAGAUAAUCAAUAUAUGUAUCUGGCUGUUAUCUUCAUCUGUUGGCAUAUCAGCCAUAGUCCUCGGAGGCACCAAGGUCAGGGAUGAUAUGGACCCAGCCAUUACUGAAUGUUCUUUGCAGUUUCCUGAUGAUGACUAUGACUGGUGGGACACUUUUAUGAAAAUCUGUGUCUUUGUCUUUGCGUUUAUUAUCCCAGUGCUAAUUAUAGUUGUUUGCUAUACUCUGAUGAUUCUGCGCUUGAAGAGUGUGAGACUUCUUUCUGGGUCACGGGAAAAGGACCGGAACCUCCGUCGCAUCACCAGAUUGGUUCUUGUUGUGGUGGCUGUUUUCAUUAUCUGCUGGACUCCAAUUCAUAUUUUUGUGUUAGUUGAAGCCCUUGGGGAUGUCUCACACAGCACUGCUGCUAUUUCCAGCUAUUAUUUCUGCAUUGCAUUGGGCUACACCAACAGCAGCCUAAAUCCUAUCCUAUAUGCUUUUCUAGAUGAAAAUUUUAAGCGUUGCUUCAAAGAUUUUUGCUUUCCUUUUAAAACAAAGACAGAUAGACAGAGCACCUGCAGAGUUCGAAGUGUCAUUCAAGAGCCUGUCUAUACUAGGAAUGCUGAUGGCACAAACAAGCCAGUAUGACUAGUCGUGGAAAUGUCAUCUUAUGUUUCUCCUGGGCGAGAGGAAUCCAAUGAUCUUGGAAUAACUCAAAUAACCAGUGCAGUGUGAAAUGGCCAAUAACAGAUCUUACAGUCUGGACUGACAUAUGGGCAUUGCCUGAUAAUGAUAUCAUUAUAUUUUCACUCUUUGAUUUUCAGUUUUGGCUCUAUUAACAACUGAUCUUUGUACAUAGAAAAAUACAUUUUUUUUUGGAAAAGAUUCUUCACAAAACUGCUGCUUUUCAUUGCAAAGGAAGUAGCAAUUUCUUGUAUUUGUCUGAUCUUUCUGCUCUUAUUUGUUUUCCAGUUAUCUUUCACAUGUCUCUUAGUGACUGCUGUAUAUUAAUUAAGGACAAAGGAAAUUACUUUAUUAUAUUACCUUACAAUGAACAAUUAUGACUAUUCAUCAAAAGUAUCUGCCAGAACUUAAAAUAUGGUAUUCUCCUUACAUUCAUUGAGUGAAAAGAAUCCUGUGAUGAAUUAUGGAAUUUAGUCUUCUAUUUUAACAAGCUGUGAAGUUAUAUGGAACCUUGGUGGUGAAUUCACACAAUGCUGGUUUAUAUGGUGAUUGCAUCUGUUACUUCUUAAACUGAUCAGUGGAAACAUCCAUAAGUUUUACUGCAUGAACUUAAUAGCUAUAUAAUCCUAAGGGAAUCAUAUCACAAGAUUGCUGCACAAAUGGGUUCUGUGAAUCCUAUUUAUGUACUAUAUCCAACCUUCCAUCUUAUCUUAGAAAUCCAACAGGAAGGGGUUAUUGUUUAUUCAUUCAGUCACUUCCGACUCUUCGUGGCCACCCUCAGCUCCUUCAGAGUCAAGCCAGUCACUUCAAGGAUCAUUUUGACUAUCUUCCAACCUGGGAGUCUCAUCUUCCGAUGGCAUACUAAUAUAUCUCUGGUUGUACUGAUCCAUUUAGUUUUAAUGGCAAGAAUACUGGGAUGGGUUGCCAUUACCUUCCCCAGUGAUUGUAUUUAGUCUGACCUCUCUGCCAUAACCUUCCCAUCUCGGGUGUCCCUUCAUGGUUUUGCUCGUAGCAUCAUUUUGGUGCUCAAAAUCCAGCAUUGCGACAAGGUAACAAUCAGACAUUGCUUAAUUUAAAACCUUAAUUUGUCCAAAAUGAAAUAUUUUGAUGUUCUAGCCUUCUAUUCCCUUCUGUUCUGUUCUUUCUUCCACUAAAAGUAAAUCAGAGAAAAGUCACAUAAAUUUUGGAGCCAAACAGUUGUGUGUAAAUAUGCUUAAUUUAUUGUGCCUGUAGCAUUGUUGACUAUCGGCAUAUGUUUGCACUAUGAAAUUCCAAUUUAUGCAUGAUUGCUGAUUUUUAUAUUUGUGUCUGUCUACAACAAAAGUGCUUCAGUGUAGUUGUUAUUUUGAACUAAAGACAAAUGCAUAUAUGUAUAGCCACGAUGUUUCAUGAAGUUAUUCUUUGUGUGGUUCUCCCAAAAUAAAUGUACUUACCAAGAGUGACAGAAUGCCUUUUAUGAGGAUGAAAACUAUCAAUCAUAUAGAAAAGAAUAUAAUAAAAUUAUCUUUCCUUACCUAAAAUUGAGAUGACAGAAGCACAUCUUUUUAUAAAUCUGCAUGCAAUUACCAUCCAGUCUAUCUAUGCCUUUGCUAAGAUUCCUUUUUCAGGUGUGAUAAAGGAAAAUCACAUAGAAUUACCAUUGUCCAGCAUUCAAAUACUUUCCCUAAGUGAUACAGUUAUAAAGAUAGACUAUGUACCAAGCAACCAUUUGUCACAUCACAAUAUUGUUAAGUCUUUAAUGGUCAAAAUCCAUUAGUUAUAAUACUACCCACACCAAAAAGGGAACCAAACCUUAACAGUUACUUUUCACUGCUAAUUCAGGGAGUAAAGGAAGAGCCAAUAUAAAACUUCAAAACUGAGACAAAGGAUUUCCUCUGGUCCCUGCUAGCCCUUCUUUUCUGUUCUGUGCAGUUCUGCAAAGUGCCAGUGGAUGCUGUAUUUAUAUUUGCUGUAACA